CCCCCCCCCCCCCGCCGCCUCGCCACCUCCCCUCCCGGAAAAUCCAAAACUGCGCCGCCCAUGCGCCGGCCGCGCCGCUGCGGCGGCCUCCGCCCGCUGCUGCUGCUCCUACCCUUCGCCGCGCUCCUGUCCGUCGCUACCUUCUCCCUCCACUCCCCCGACCGCCUCCUCGUCACUGUCACGGCGCGGCGGCCGUCCUCGUCACCCCACCACCUGCACCGGCUGGCCGUCUCGAGCCUCGAAGCGCGCGCGCUCGGCCUAGGAGGCGCCCCGCCGCUCCACGCGGACGCCGCGCGCGCGUUCCGGUCCGGCGGGCGCCUCCUCCGCGACGUCCUCUCCUCCCCCGCGCCGCCGCCCUCGGCCGCUGCCGGCGCGACGCGGCGGUGCCCGCCCUCUGUCGUGGUGUCGGGCGCGCGGCUCCGGGACACGGGUGGCGGUGGCGGCGUCCUGUCCCUGCCCUGCGGGCUGGCGCUGGGGUCGCACGUGACGGUGGUGGGCUCGCCGCGGCGCCGCGGGGACGUGGCGCAGUUCGCGGUGGAGCUGCGCGGGGAAGGGGACGGGGACACGGCCCCAAGGAUCCUCCACUUCAACCCGCAGCUCCGCGGGGACUGGAGCGGCCGGCCGGUGAUCGAGCAGAACACCCGCUUCCGUGGACAAUGGGGACCCGCGCUCCGGUGCGAGGGCCGUCGGUCGCGCCCGGACGAGGAGACCGUAGAUGGAUUGGUGAAAUGCGAGGAAUGGUCUGGAAACAUUGGGGACACAUCAAAGGAGUUGAAGAGAUUCAGGUUGCAGAACCAUAUCACUGGACAGAAGAGCAGAAAUUGGAUAGAUUGGCCAUAUCCGUUCAUUGAGGAUGAAUUGUUUGUUCUAACACUGAGCACUGGUUUGGACGGCUACCAUUUUCAUGUUGACGGGAAGCAUGUCACUUCUUUUCCUUACCGUUUUGGCUUUGUUCUUGAGGAUGCCACUAUCUUGUCUGUGAUUGGCGACAUUGACGUUCAAUCAAUAGUAGCUGGUUCAUUACCAACAGCUCACCCUAGCAUUGUUCAAAGAAAUCUGGAGUUGCUAACAGAACUAAAAGCCCCUCCUCUUUCUGAAGAGAAUGUAGAGCUAUUCAUAGGCAUUCUUUCAGCGGGUAAUCAUUUCACUGAACGCAUGGCCGCGAGGAGAUCUUGGAUGUCUUCAGUACGAAAUUCCUCCAGCACUGUGGCUCGGUUUUUUGUUGCAGUGAAUGGCAGAAGGGAAGUGAAUGAAGAUUUGCUGAAAGAGGCAGAUUUCUUCGGGGACAUCGUCAUUGUGCCUUUUGCGGAUAGUUAUGAUCUGGUGGUUCUGAAGACUAUUGCCGUUUGCGACUAUGCGGCUCGUGUUGUUCCAGCGAAGUAUGUUAUGAAGUGUGAUGAUGAUACCUUUGUUAGACUUGAUUCAGUGAUGGCUGAAGUUAAGAAAAUCUCAGACGGCAGAAGCUUUUAUUUGGGGAACAUGAAUUACUUCCACCGGCCACUGCGAGAGGGAAAAUGGGCUGUCUCAUACGAGGAGUGGCCCAUAGAAGAGUACCCGCCCUACGCUGAUGGUGCAGGCUACAUUGUUUCUUCUGACAUUGCAAACUUCGUCGCAUCUGAAAUGGAGAAGGGAAGACUAAAUCGACGUGCCGUGACGAAAGGGGAGAGCGCGGCUGCUGCUGUGGCUUGUCCGGCCCGGCCGUGCCGACGGGCCGACCCUACUAACAUGCGCACCUGUCUGGCUGGCUCGACGUCCUGUCCGCGUCUGUGUUCCUGGCUGUGGCUUCCGAUGCCGCCACAGUAGCGGCCGCGCCCUCCAACUGAGGUACGUGCUCACUGUUCAGGACUAGGGAGUUACAAUCCUUUGGGUGACUUGGGUUGGACGCGUGGUUAGCCUUCUCUCUCGCAGGUAACUGGGCGCUUGCAUUGCUUUAUUGAGAUUCGGGCAUGCAUGGUGCAUCUGCAUUGUUACCCAUCUCAGAUGGCAUGUUUGGUUGGACAUGCUCUGUUACAUGGCAUGUAGAUCUAGAUCUCGUUAUAGAUCUCUAUGCCAUGUACGAAAUGUACAUCAGUUUCCAGGAGGUGAACACAGAGCGGUGUUUUUUUUUUCUUAAUAACAAAAGAAAGAAAAGUGAGCAUCCAGCUUUUGAAACAUCAUCUAAACAUGAUAUACUUUUCUUUCUUUAUUUUUUUCGAACUAGUUUUAUCUAAUAAUUUAUGGAUGAGGGGCUCAGAUCCUGACAUUUAUGCCCUUUACGGCUUUAAUUACUGGUAUUGCUCGCUCUUGUACUCAAACCAUUUACUGCUGCUUCCGUCUUUAAUCAUGGAUGCAAAUAUCUGACAGACUGACAUUGGUACAACGUUUGUCUUUACGCCUCGUUUGCUUUUACCUGAUCGAUGCAAGUACAUUUGCCGGCUACCCACAAUUGGCAGGAGUACGUUUAGCAUUUCCUUCAAUUUUGCUCCAAGGUGAAGUUGGUCCCUCAAUUUUUAAAAAGACCAAUUUGAUACCUCAAUUUUUGUUUUUAGGUCAAAUUUGUCCAUAUAUUGAUGUGAUGCUCCAUA